UUGAAACGAGUAUUCAUGGGAACUUAUGAUACCAUGAAUGGCUUGGCAAUUGAAGGAAAGGAUGUCCAAGGAAUAGAUGUCUUCCCCUACUUACAUGAUCUAAGGAAAAAACAAGUGCAACAAUACCUAAUGUUUAGAGAAGUUAAAGACAAAAAGCAGUUCAAAAACUUUGAAGAUUAUGUACAUCAAGUUAAGAGAGGCAUUGCAGUUGCCAUAAGAUUAGUACCAGCGAUGUUCCUCAUGGGAGAUGUUGCACCUGAUAAGGUUCUCAAACUUUUGGAUCAGAAAUCAACAAUUCUGGAUUAUUUGGAUACAUACAUUGCAUUAAUGAAUUUGGUGACUGAGGAAAGAGUUGCAAUUAGCCUUUACAUGAAAGAACAAAACUAUUCUGUGCAAGAGGCCAAGGCUUUCCUAGAAGAAAAGAUUGAUGAGACAUUUGCUAAUUUAACACAAGAAUACCUGAAGCCCAAUAAUCAUAUUUCACAUUUCCAUCGUAGAUUGAUCUUUGAACAUG